GAAAGUUGAGCCUUCGGGGCAAUGUGUAGUGAUCGGCACAGGACAGAGUCUGGAACGGAGCUUCUUGCCCGACUUGAAGGUCGAAGUUCCUUGAAAGAAAUGGAACCAUAUCUGUUUGCCGAUGAAGAAUCGCCUGUGCAUGGUGAUAUUCUUGAAUUUCAUGGUGCAGAAGGAACGGGGAAAACAGAAAUGCUGUAUCACUUAACAUCACGGUGUAUACUUCCAAAGUCAGAAGGUGGACUAGAAAUAGAAGUCUUAUAUAUUGACACAGAUCACCAUUUUGAUAUGCUACGGCUUGUUACAAUACUUGAACAUAGACUGUCCCAAAGCUCUGAAGAGAUAAUAAAAUCUUGCCUUCGAAGAUUCUUUUUAGUCUACUGCAAUAGCAGCUCCCAGUUGCUUUUCACCCUUUACUCACUGGAAACUUUGUUUUGUAGCCAUCCCUCCCUCUGCCUUUUGAUUUUAGAUAGCUUGUCAGCUUUUUAUUGGAUAGACCGAGCCAAUGGAGGAGAAAGUGUUACUUUACAGGAGUCCACUCUGAAGAAAUGUUCUCAGUUCUUACAGAAACUCGUGAACGAGUACCGCUUAGUUCUUUUUGUAUCGACACAAAGCAUCAUGCAAAAAUCCUCAGACUCAACAGAAGGACCUCUCUCUGCCUCUAAGAGUUCAAGUUGUGAGGACAUAAACUACAGACCCUAUCUGUGCAAGGCAUGGCAACAAAUGGUAAAGCACAGAAUAUUUUUUUCCAAGCAAGAUGAUCCUAAAAGGAGCAACCAAUUUUCCUUAAUUGCACGUCACUUAAAAAGUAACAGUCUUAAAAAACAUUUUUUCAUUAUUGGAGAAAGUGGGGUUGAAUUUUGUUGAUAUGUAUCAUAAAUCAGUCUUU